ACUGCACGUUUUUUUUUUUCUUUAUUAAGAGGCCGUGCAAGUGUCUGAUUUGUAGAUUUGGUUUCAGGGAGGAAGUGCAAAAAAGGGAUUUAUUGUCAUAUGUAAAAUACACUGUUGGAGAAAGUAUGUGAGGGAGAGAGACAUACCCGGCCAGCGUACGAGGCUGUCAGUCUUGUGAGGUGGCAUCAACAGUAAAGCGAAGGCGCAGCGCUCAGCUCUGCAGGGGAUUUCUAUAGACAAUCGAGGGGAGCAGCGUAAAGGUGGAAAAAAUGUCUCAUCCACCAAAUACUGGAUUUAGUUGAAAACCAUCGUUCCCCAUGCAGGAAGAUGAGAAACUGCUCGUCGCUGGGAUUAUUAAUUAAACAAUAACACCAAAUUAAGGGAUAUCGGAAAAGCUGGUUUAAGUAUCAUUUUCAACUGGAUUUUGAACGCUUUGCACGCCAUUUUUAGGAGUUUAAUGCCAUUUAAUAUUUGUCGUCACUGAAGAUUUUUUUUCCAUUUCGCUACUGUGUCAAUUUCCCGCAUUUCGUUUGUCAGUUCCAGACUAUUUGACUUCGUUAAGUAAUAUAAUGCAAAUAAGUUGGACUUGAACAGCAUAACUCUUGCUUAUCGUCCUGAAAAAGAUUAGUUUUAUAUACGGCGUAUGUAUCGUUUAUUGACAAAUGUACAAUCAUUUUGUUCUCGGUGAUAAUGAUUGUAUGUAUGGAUAGACGCUUUACUGCAGACACGUUAAACUCGUUGUGUUCUGCGAAGUAUCCAUUGGUGUUAGAGUGGACAGGUUAUAACCGCAAAAUAAAAAUGAUCGGUGGUGCUCAACGGUAAUUGGAUACAUUCUCGACUAGUCAUUUUAUUAUAACGGCGGAUGUUGGGAACUUCGCAUACUGAUAACGAUAGUUGACGUUUCUUGAAAACAAAUGACACUGUUUAUUUCCGUAGUUUUUAUUGACAUUGUAACAUGUCACAAAACGAUGCUGUAGUCCUCGCUAUUUUAUGUAUUUAGUUAACCCUACAGUGUUGUUGAGUCAUAAAAUCGUUAGUGCGCUUAUGAAAAUUAGUUUUUUUUUUCAAUUCGGAAGGCAAAUUGCUAUUUGCAAUCGCGUGUUAAUACAUGAUCGAAGAUUUUGCUAGAAAGUAAGAAAAUAAAACUAAGAUGAAACUAUUUCAAUCUUAGAUCCAAACAUCUGCGUUCAGUUCUUCUUGGCAGUUUCCUGCAGUUUCUUCUUGGCAGUAAGAAUGUGCCCAAGGCAACGGUUUCUUUUACUUAGAUGUCGAAACAUCAUACAGUGUAAGCAAAAGACUUAAUAAACUUGAUUUGUUUUAUAAUUGAAGUCAAAUAACUUGUUUUUCCUCGACAUUAUUCCAGAACAAAUUCUGGAUCUGAGAACGACUGUGCGUUGGCUUCAAGUUAAGACUCUGAAACUGACGGUUGUCUUUAAUAAAAACCAGCAAAAUAAACGAGUUUUGAUGGAACAAGAAACAAAAACAACAGCUACAAAACAAUAAGAUAUGUUCUGACUGAAGCUGAACAAACCGUUGUUACUUGAAAUUAUUUUUUUAAUAUUUAAAAAUUGCGUCAACCUCUGCCAUUUUUCAUUUUUUCCCCUAUUUUAAAUGACUUUUCUAAUGAGCACCCUUAUUUGAAAACAUCAAAAGGGUUUUUUUGUAUUACUUUUUUUUUUGUUUGCUCUCAAUCUCGGAGCCUUCUCUGCGUGUGCCAUGCGUCUGUCCUCCUUACUUGCCUUAUUCAGGCCUGCGCUACCUUUGAUCCUGGGGCUUUCCCUGGGCUGCAGCCUGAGCCUGCUCAUGGUGUCCUGGAGCCAGGGCGAUGCAGACGAGCCUUGUGGAGAAGAAAUGAGAAUCGGUGGGCUGUUUCCUGGUAGCCAGAGAGGGAACCCCAAAGGCAGCAACGGGGCCGAAGCUGGAAAUGAAGACUUCCAGCCACGCAUUGUGCCGUACCACAAAGACCCCAACAAACCUCAUAAGAAAGUCCUCAGAACACGGUACAUUCACACGGAGCUGGGGAUUCGAGAGCGCCUCCUGGUGGGCAUCCUGACCUCGCGCGCUACUCUGAACACGCUGGCAGUGGCAGUGAACCGCACGGUGGCGCAUCACUUCCACCGCACCUUCUUCUUCACGGGCCUGCGCAGCCCCAAGCUGCCCCACGGCAUGGCGGUGGUCGCUCACGGUGACGACCGGCCCGUCUGGCUGAUGUACGAGACGGUGCGGCACCUGCACCAGCAUUUCGGUGCCGACUACGACUGGUUCUACCUGGCCCAGGAUGACACCUACACCCAGGCCGAGCGGCUGAACGAGCUGGUGGGGCACUUGAGUGCCGGGCAGGACCUGUACAUGGGCCGGGCCGAGGAGUUCAUUGGUGGGGAGGAGCGUGCGCGGUACUGCCAUGGCGGAUAUGGCUACCUGCUGUCCCGCAGCGUGCUGUCCCGCCUCCAGCCCCACCUGGACACCUGCCGCAACGACAUCCUGAGUGUGCGGCCUGAUGAGUGGCUGGGCCGCUGCAUCAUCGACUACCUGGGGCUCAGCUGUGUGGAGGUGCACCAGGAGAUGCAGUACCGCUACUUUGAACUGGGGAAGAAUGCUGACCCGGAGCGCGAGGAGAGCCCGGAGUUUAAAAACGCCUUCACCGUGCAUCCUGUGUCGGAGCCAGGCCUCAUGUACCGUCUUCACAAGCGCUUCAGCCAGAUAGAGCUGGACAUGACCUACCUGCAGAUACAGCAGCUGCAGGUCCAGAUCAACAACCUGAGUGAGCUGACACCAGAGGGAAAGGCUGGUGCCACAUGGCCCAUUGGGAUCAACCCCCCCUUCAAGCCCAAGACGCGCUUUGAAGUCAUAAACUGGGACUACUUCACUGAGGAGCACAUCUACUCGUGUAUCGACGGGUCGCCCAAGUGCGAGCUGCAGGGGGCGGACCGGGCAGACGUCAGCGCAGUCUUGGAGACGGCAGUGGAGCAGCUGAACGAGCGCUACCAGCCUCUCGUGCGCUUCCGCAAACACCGCUUGCUGAACGGAUACCGGCGUUUCGACCCCACGCGAGGCAUGGAGUAUACCUUGGACCUGGCACUGGAGGCCUUCACCCAGAAGGGCCACAGCCAGGUGAUCGCCAAGCGCGUGGAGCUGCUGCGGCCCCUGAGCUCCAUUGAGAUCAUCCCCAUGCCCUAUGUGACUGAAGCCACACGCGUGCAAGUCAUCCUGCCUGUCACCGCCCGAGAGCAGGACUAUGUGAGCAACUUCCUGGACAUGUAUGUGAUGAACGCUUUGGACACACAUGACAAUGUGCUGCUCACCUUCCUCUUCAUCUAUGACCCCUUUGAUGCCCAGAGGGUCAGCCAGGCUGACAUCUUUGCGGGGAUCAAGUCCAUGAUUGGAGAGGUGGAGAAGCGCUAUGCUGACGUCAAGAUCCCCUGGAUCAGUGUGAAGACAGAGGUGCCCUCCCAGGUCAAGCUGAUGGACAUCAUCUCGAAGAAACACCCCGUGGAUACCCUUUUCUUCCUGGCUAGCGUGUGGACUGAGGUCAACGCUGACUUCCUAAACCGCUGCCGCAUGAAUGCCAUCAGCAAUUGGCAAGUGUUCUUCCCCAUCCACUUCCAGGAGUACAGCCCAGCCAUCGUGUACCGUGAUCAGCAGCCCUCUUCCGCGUCCUCUUUUGCUGCUGAUUCCCUGAAGGAUGGGCGCUUCGACCGGCACGUCUUCGAGGAAGCCUGCUUCUACAAUGCAGAUUACAUGGCUGCCCGCACCAAGAUGGCAGCCGACAUCCUGGACAAUGACGAGAUGCUGGAGAGCAUGGAUGUGUACGAGAUCUUUGUGCGUUACUCCAGCCUGCACGUCUUCCGUGCUGUUGAGCCCGCACUGGUGCAGAAGUACGUGCGCCGUGUUUGCAACCCCCGCUUCAGUGAAGACAUCUAUCACCGAUGCGUGCUGAGCAACCUGGAGGGGCUGGCCUCCCGCUCUCACCUGGCCAUGGCUCUCUUUGAGCAGGAACAGGCCAACAGUACUUGAUGCCUAUGGGUCUGUCUCUGACUGGGAAACAGAAAAUGACUGAUUGGAGGAUCAGAGUAGGUAAUGAGCCUUUUUAUAAGGUUAACGCCUAAAUAAUCAAGUUAAUAAUCAAGUUAAUUAACUUGCCAUGCUUGUGAAUUUUGAGUUGAAGAAACUGUGAGACAGUGUUCGUCUUCUGUCUCCCUAGAAGGAGUUCAUAGAGGAAAAAAUAAACCGCAGAAAGUCUCUGUGCGGUUUAACUUUGAAAACAACAGAGGUUGGUUCAAUAUGUUUUUUCCUUACAUUUGACUCUUGAUUUUAUAGAUGUACAGAUGGAAUAAACUUAAUAAAAACACAUGGAACUGAA